AUGGGUCUUGAUAUUUUUUAUACCAUGGAACAAUGGGCAAAUGAGAAUGGUCAACCUGCAAUGUUCGAUGCUGUAUCUACACGUUUUUCUGUUAAUGAUACUAUAGAAACAUUGGUUUACAAUAUGUUUAUUGAAACAUGGAUCAGUAAUGCGUCAUACGAGAUGUUCUUCAAUGCUUGUGAACCGAAACAGUGUACUUAUACAUAUCAUUAUCGAUUUGAUGCUCAAGAAGUCUUAACAACAUUUCUAAGCAUAUUUGGUGGUCUAUCUGUUGGAUUGCGCUUUAUCGUACCUUAUUUAUGUCAAGUUAUUCAAAAAAUAGUCAAUCGAUUUCAUAUCAGGCCGGUAAAAUGAUCCUUUUCUUCAACUGACUUUAAAACAGUGUUACCAAAAAAACAUUCGAAAUAUAUAUUUUUAUGUUGUAAUUUUUCAUAUUGUUAUUCAUAUUUAUUUUAUCAUUAGGGUAAAAUGAUAGUUGAGCAUUUAACAUUCGAAGUGAAACACAAUGAUCUCUUGAAAUUUAACUAAGGGGAAAAAACCAAACUUUUACACUUCAGAAGUACAAAGAACUACUAGAAGUGCGCUUGUUUCUCUUGCAAACUAAGGCAAAUGUACAAUGAUCGUAAAGUUCUGUGUUUUCUUAGCACUGAUAUUAAAUUUUAGAAUUCCUAUAUAGAAGAGAGACUUGUAUUCACUGACAUUUUUAUUUGGAGGACAAAACAAACUUGGAAAUGAUCCAUGGUUUUAUGAAAGCAUUUGUGCUUUUUUUUUAUAAACUAUCAUCACAACACUCAAUGGUUCUGACUGAAUCAGCAUUAAUAUUCCAAAAAAAAUGAUCAAGAAUGAAUAAACUGCAUUUGUUUCUCUUUCUUACUAAUAAGUUGCUGCUGUCUUUCUUUUGUGGUGGCUGAUUCUGUGGCAAGAUUAUUCUCAGUAUGAGACAUCAGAAAAGGGUGUGAGUGUGGGGUGCGCGUUUGGGGUAUGGGAGUGGAAGUGGAUCCCAUACCCACACCCACACCCGUCCAUACCAACACCCACACACCCAUACCCGUUUUAUAGUUGUCAUGAUUAAAAUCGGUUAAAAAAACAAAUAGUCGAUUAAAAUGAUUAAAAAUUAAGAAAUUGAUUAAAAUCGCGCCAUUUUAAUUGAUUUUUAAUCAGAAAAUAAUCGAUAAAAAUCUGAUUUUUUUUGCCGGUUUUUAGUUGGGUUACCAGCAUGUGUUUCGUUAACGUGAGAGAGCUACUGAAUAUUACUUCUUUUUUUCUAUUCAUAUAUUAAUUACAGGCAAUCUUUGUGACGAGCAUGACGAGAAAAAAAUCGUUCGGCGGCCUAUCUGCUUGCUUUUUUUUUAAUAAGGUGAAAGAAAGUAGCUCUAUGCAUCAGUAAUCACAGCAAUAAAGAAGAAAUAAAAAACGUGCGCUCGUCACAAUUCACAUCAGUUAUCGUGCGUUUGCUUAUAUUCACAACCAGUAUAUUUGCCGUUUUUUUCUCGACUACGACAGUGCUUGGAUAUUCUUUAGAGGUAAAUACCACUACAGUAAUUGUGUUCAGUCUGCACUAAUAAAAUAAUUUCUCAUACGAGAGUUUGAUGUCUGAUAGAAAAAUAAAAUUCUAAUGAGGAAAGGUUCCCAAGUGUGGAAUACUUGCCUAAUUCGAC